AUGAAUCCUCAAAUGACAAAGGAACUACAGAAGGCAGCCAAGGCUAAGCCUAAAGGAGUGAAGUCCACGAUCACUAACGAAAAGGCGGUUUUCCAGAAUAAGAAAGAAGCGACAAUACUUGAAAAUAUGGCAAAGAUUCGCAAAUCCAGGCGGACCAGUCCUGAUUUAUGCUCCACCACUGCUCUCACAAAAAUAACUGCAACGAGUGAUGAUAAAAGUAGUUCAACUACACUUCCACAAAAGGGAAAGCGCAAUUCAGUGUCGCAUUCUCGUCUAAGAAACGGCCACACACCAGCUCCGCAUACACCAGUACAGAAGCCACACCACACGCGAUCGUCUGUUUCACAAAAAUCAGGUACCUCAAUGCGCGGAAGAAGUGUGGGUGCUGCUACGUAUGUGACCACAGAUGUGUUGGCAAAGCACAGACGUCCGAGCUCAACCAAACGUGGAGGCAGAGUAUCAGCAAAGGAUGUUUAUCCAAUGAAGGAGAAAGGCGUUAAGAGAGGAGGUAGGAAUCACACGGAGAUGAAGUACCUGACCUACGUACCAGGGAAGGGAAUGGUAAAAUCGACCAGGAGCAAUGAUGGAAAUCUCUACUCCCUUUCAAGACGCAAUGUCUCUUCCAGUGCCUCAUCAUCUUCAUCCUCAUCAUCAUCCUCUUCCACGUCAACAACAAACUCUGUGGUGAAACCUAGACUUUCCGAAAUUGCUCCAAUCCAUCGCUUAAACAACAAUUUCUUAAAUAUUAGCAGCGGCAGCAGUAGCAACAACAGUUCUAGCAAAAGCAGCACCUCAACCCUGUCUUCCUCCAUCAUUUUGGCUGAAACGGUGAAAAGUAAAAAGGAAAAAAAUAUCUUUUUCAAAGCACAAUUUAUGUUUUCUAUGGGUGUUAUGCUCACCAAUGAUGUAGUGAUAUUUUACUCAGUCAGAGUGUAUAUUCAUAAUGUUGUAGAAUUGAGAGGCAUCAAAUUAUUGCAGUCGGAAUGUCAUAAUCUGAAGUGUAUUUCAAAGGCUCGCAUUCUGGAGCAUGCCAAAAUGGAAUGCAUCUGCCUGCCAUCCCUAGGCCACUGCCUACUGGACACAGCAUUAUUUUUCUCUCGCCUUGAACUCUCAUUAUGUAAUUCUGGUACGACCGUACCGUUUCAUGACAACUUGCUUCACUCCGUUAUUAACUGCUUCGAUGUUUGGUCUAUACUUGCAGUGGAAAAAACAUUUAGAUUUUAUCAGUUAAGUAAUGUUUCAGCUUGUGAUGCAAAACUUUUGGGAUUUUAG